GGUAAACCGUGCACAGAAGGCAAGGACCUAUGCGAGCAACUUACAUGUACUGCGGGGAAAUGGGGCGUAAAUAGAAGUGGUACACCUUCGACAUGGGAUAAUAUAAUUUCUAGCUCAAAUUGGCUUUUGACGGGAGUCCUAGGUGGAAUGAAGUCGAAUCAGGAGAAAGUGGCCCAUUAUUGCAAUGAUCCAACGUGGAAUGAUGACGACGCCGCAGGCGCCGCUAACAAGACUGCUUGCAAACUUGUUGCAGGAGGGCUCCAUUACAUUUCAAGUAUUCAGGAAAACUACAGUUUAGGGAAGAAUGGUGUAGGGGAAAAUAAGAACCCUUAUGAUAACCAAGAGUAUAAGCAACUCGGGCACUGUUUAGCGCUAAGAGCCGUCGUAGAGGAAAUGAAAAAAAGGAGCAAAAUUUGUGACAUAUCCAAAGGUAUUGAGACCGCCUUUAGUGCAGCUUCCGCAAUAAGAAAAAAACAUUGCACGAAUAAUAAACCAUGUAUUGAGUGCAAAUUGGACGAAGAUUAUAACAGUUGCCCCAGUGGUACUGACCCCAAUGUCAAAAUAAAGGACAAAUUGGAAGAAUUGCUUCCAAAGAAAGAAAAGGAAGUCGGGAGCGCCCUCACGAACAUAACUGAGACAUCCGGGAACAAGGGACCUUCCUUAUGUGAUCGAUUACAGUGUCUAGCAUCACGAGUAGAGGCAUCAAGCAACCCGAAUGCGGUAAGU